CGGAGUGCGGUCGCGCGGUUUCCGCUUGUUUCUGCUGCUCUCCGGUCUCGUGCUGAGUUGUGCAGGGCUGGUGUUUGUUUAUCAGUUUACCGGAUUAUUUAUUUAUUUGCUCAGUUUGGAUUAAACGGCUCGGAGGGAUAUAAUGCCGACCGCCAGUCAGAAUGCCCUGUUUGGAAUGGGAAACCCGUUACUGGAUAUCUGUGCUGUGGUGGACAAAGAUUUUCUGGACAAGUAUGGUCUGAAGCCCAACGAUCAGAUCCUCGCUGAUGAAAAACACAAAGCUCUAUUUGAGGAGAUGGCAAAGAAGAGCAAGGUUGAGUAUCAUGCAGGCGGAUCCACCCAGAACUCGGUCAAAAUUGCACAGUGGAUGAUCCAGGAGCCUCACAAGGUGGCGACAUUUUUUGGCUGCAUAGGGACCGACCACUUCGGAGAGAUUCUGAAGCAGAAGGCAGCGGAGGCUCAUGUGGACGCACAUUACUACGAACAGAGCGAACAGCCAACAGGAACGUGUGCUGCGUGUAUUACUGGGGACAACAGAUCUUUGAUUGCGAAUCUUGCUGCUGCAAACUGCUACAAGAAGGAGAAGCACCUGGACCUGGACAGCAACUGGGGCUUGGUUGAGAAAGCCAGAGUUUACUACAUCGCUGGCUUCUUCUUGACUGUAUCUCCUGAUUCUAUUAUGAAAGUGGCGAAGCACGCAUGCGAACACAACAAGAUCUUCGGUCUGAAUCUCUCUGCCCCCUUUAUCAGCCAGUUCUUCAAGGAGCCGCUGAUGAAUGUCAUGCCCUACGUUGAUAUCCUCUUCGGCAAUGAGACGGAGGCGGCUACAUUCGCUAAAGAGCAAGGAUUUGAGACGGAUGAUAUAGCGGAGAUUGCACGGAGAGUUCAGCUUCUUCCCAAAGUAAAUAAGAACAGACCGAGGAUUGUAGUGUUCACUCAGGGCAAAGAUGACACAGUCGCUACUGUGGGAGAAAAGGUGACCAUGUUUCCAGUGAUUGAUAUUGAUCAGAAUGAGAUUGUGGACACUAACGGAGCAGGAGACGCUUUUGUAGGAGGAUUCCUGUCAGAGCUGGUCCAGGAGAAGUCUCUGGAGCAGUGUAUUCGUGCAGGUCACUACGCUGCCAACAUCAUCAUUCAGCGCUCCGGCUGCACCUUCCCCGAAAAACCAGACUUCCAAUAACCAUCAUCUCAUGCGCUCUCUCUCUUUCUUUUUCUCUCUCUGUUGUUCUAAUUCUUUCUCAUGCUCUUUCUCUCUCUGAUUGGAUGCUUGCGACUCAACUCGUGUGCCUCUACAUUUGUUUACAGUUCCUUCGAGGGCAUUCUUACUUCAUUACAAUCACUUGAACCCGGUUUUAGUUGAGUGAAGAUGGGAAUGAUCGUCUUCGGGCAUUUCUCCCUCUCACUUUCUCUUUUUUUUUUAGUUUUCUCCAUCUCUCUCUCUCUCUCUCUCUCUGCCACCUUUUCCUCUCAUCUGUUAGCGGUGAUUCAACGCAUGUCUGACCUGCAGCAGUUCUGAGCUUCAGUUUUAUUAGUACAAUUUUUAAAUAAUAAAUACAUAUAUCAUAAUAAUCUGACCCGCGCUGAUUGACGUCAUAAUAUACAAUAUAUCCCAUCCCAAUCAAGCGCACAAUUAGAGCAAUUAGUCUUGCAAAAUGAAAACAAAUUAUAUGUUCAUAUUUAAAGACAUCUAUCUCCUUAACCUAAGCCUUAAUAUAUCCUGUGUAAAGCUUAAAAACUUCGGAACUUCAGAAUCUAAACAUUAGGUGUGAAUUUCUCUCUCUUUUUUUUUGCAAAACAAUCACUAAAAUCUUAAUGGAAGGGCUUUAUUUAAAUAUAAACACACUUUCUGCCUUUAGACAACCUUGUCUCUGCCGUAUUAAAUUAAUUAAGUUAAGGGAAACUCCUUCAAUAUUACAGAAUUCACAGCAUAAUUCAAAGAUUUGAAUGUAGUGGGGGGGUUGAGACAAAUUCAUUCAAGGUAGGGGUUUAAUUUACAGUCGUUCAGAGUGGGGAUUUUAGAUACACUUGUUUAGAGUGGUGGUUUGUAUUGAGCUUGUUCAGUCUGGGGGUUUAAAAUUAACUCAUUCAGAGUGGCGGUUUGAAAUUAACUCGUUCAGAGUGGGGGUUUAAAUUAACUUGAUUAGAGUGGUGGUUUUAGAUGAACUUGUUUAAAGUGGGGUUAAAAAUGAACUUUUAAGAGUGGGAUAAAAAAACAGUUACACUUGUUGAGCGUAUAGGUUUGAGUUUAGCUUAAUCACAGUGGAAAUUUAAGAUGAAUUCUUUCAGAGUGUAGGCUUGAUACAGACUCACACAGAUUUUUAUUUUGAUUAGGGGUAACUAUUUAUAACCAUGUGGUGUAAUAAGUUUCUGCGAGGAGUUUGUAGAGCUUCAGAUGUUCUAUCUCCAUUCACCACCACUCUGCACUAUAGUGUUUCACAACAAACCCAAUCUGAAUGACUGUUCACAUAUUACAUACUAAUUGUGCAGUGCAUUUAAGAGAAAAUACUGCUGGAUUUCUUUUUAUUUAUUUAUUUUUUGGAUCCAGUCUGUCCAGCUGGGGCAGUAAACCCGCCCAUCGUUGGUACCUGAGCUCUGUGGGGAGGGUUUAAUCAGAGUAUUUGGCUGUAUUUAUAAAAUUCUGGAACAUCUAGACUGAGUGAUGUAACUUAAUUAACUGGAGUGUUUGAAAGACGUUUUCCUCGUCAACUCUUCCACAUGUUUGUGUUUUUUUCAGGUCUAUGAUGUUACGACACACCAAACUCUUAAAUACGCACAAGUUUUAAAUAAGUUUUAAAUAUGCAUAAUGAUGUACAGAGGGGGCGGAUACUUCAUCACACUCCUAUCAGACUGCUCUGUGCCGUCUGACAGUAACACACUUCAAUAAAGAGAUUCUUAUUCUAUGUGCUAA